UCUGCCCAUCACCUGUCACAGUCACGAUUCCUCGAACUGUUUUGUGUGUGUUACAAAGUGCUAUAAUGCCCACUUUUCCGUAGCCCUUUCCUACCAUGUGCUGUAAUGAUCCCUGAAAAUGACCCGAAAGAAGCGAAAGUGGCAUGGUCCUAACGAAAAUGAUUCGCCUUGUCUUCACCCUACUUUCCCUGAUUUCCCUCGGGAGUGUCGAACUGGUAAACAAUGAGAUUCCCACCGAGGACAAUCUGGAGUCGCCCUUGUGUUGCAACCUGACCACGGACCGAGUCGAAGUCGAUUACAGUUCGAAAAUUGUCGAAAAUGAGUACAUUGUCAUGUUCAAUGGGUACUACAAGAACCAGGCAAGGGCUGGGUACAUUAACACGGCACUUAACACGUCCGGGGUCAAGAAGUGGAAGAUUUUGUCACGGGAGAACCCGGCUAGUGACUAUCCGAGUGAUUUCGAUGUGGUGAUCCUGGAGGAUACUGAUAAGAAGGCGGGGUUGAACGCUUUGAGUAAUCAUCCCUCGGUGAAGACAGUGACGGCCCAGCGGAUGGUCCUGCGGACCCUUAAGUUCGUCAAUGAGAAUUAUAUAAGACGUGGAAGGACCAGUCUUUCGAAAAAUCAAUUCUGGCAAGCCACCGGCCGCCACACCAGUCGCCGCCUCCUGAGGGCCAUCCCACGCCAAAUCACCUCCGUAUUGCAAGCCGACUCGUUAUGGAACAUGGGGAUAACAGGAAAAGGGAUCAAAGUUGCAAUUUUCGACACAGGACUGUCCAAAACGCACCCACAUUUCCGCAAAAUCAAAGAACGAACAAACUGGACGAAUGAGAAAACGUUCGAUGAUGGUCUCGGUCAUGGUACGUUCGUUGCGGGCGUCAUAGCUUCAAGUAAAGAGUGUCUGGGCUUUGCUCCCGACUCCGAACUCCACAUUUUCCGUGUCUUUACCAACAAUCAAGUUUCAUACACUUCGUGGUUCCUCGAUGCUUUCAAUUACGCAAUUUUGAAGAAAAUCAAUGUUUUGAAUUUGAGUAUUGGAGGGCCUGACUUUAAGGACCAUCCUUUUGUGGAUAAGGUGUGGGAGUUGACGGCGAAUCGGGUGGUUAUGGUCUCGGCGAUUGGAAAUGAUGGGCCUUUGUAUGGUACUUUGAACAAUCCGGCUGAUCAGAUGGAUGUUAUUGGAGUGGGAGGGAUUAAUUUUGAGGACCAGAUCGCCAAGUUUUCGUCCCGGGGGAUGACCACGUGGGAAUUGCCUCAAGGAUACGGAAGAGUGAAGCCAGACAUUGUGACCUACGGGUCAGCCGUCCGAGGAUCGAACAUAAAAGGGGGCUGCCGUGUCCUGUCUGGGACCAGUGUAGCCUCUCCAGUCGUCGCCGGAGCUGUAACACUACUAGCAAGUGGUGUUUUGCAUCGUGGCGAUGAUAUCAACCCUGCCAGUAUUAAACAAGCCCUAAUGGCCUCAGCUAGGAGGCUUCCAGGCGUCAAUAUGUUCGAGCAAGGACACGGCAAACUCAAUCUGAUGAAAGCGUAUCAGAUCUUGAGCAGUUAUAAACCACAGGCUAGCCUCAGUCCGAGUUACAUCGACUUAAGUGAGUGCCCCUACAUGUGGCCAUACUGCACCCAGCCCCUUUAUUACGGUUCACUUCCUGUUAUCGUAAACGUAACAAUUUUGAAUGGUCUUGGUGUAUCUGGGGUGAUUGUCAGUAAGCCCCAAUGGCACCCAUAUUCACCCCAACAUGGGCAAAUGCUCGAUAUUGCCAUAUCUUAUUCGGAAUUGCUAUGGCCAUGGUCUGGUUGGAUGGCUGUUAGUCUGUCCGUUUCGACAGAAGGGGCGAAUUACGAGGGGUUGGCUCAUGGUCAUAUCACAAUCACCGUGGAGUCACCCCCUGGAUCAGGGGAGAAGGAACCAAGGCAGAGUACCGUCAAUCUCCCUAUUAGGGCUAAAAUAAUCCCGACGCCUCCAAGACACAAAAGAAUCCUGUGGGACCAGUACCACAAUUUGCGGUACCCGCCUGGGUACUUCCCACGGGAUAACUUGAAAGUAAAAAAUGACCCUCUGGACUGGAACGGGGACCACAUCCAUACGAACUUCAAGGAUAUGUACCAGAAUUUGCGGAACGCUGGGUACUAUAUCGAAGUACUUGGAUCACCAUUUACCUGUUUCGAUGCUUCGCACUAUGGAACUUUGCUGAUUGUUGAUCCUGAAGAAGAGUAUUUCCCCGAGGAAAUCGCCAAAUUGAAGCGUGAUGUCGAUGCGGGUCUUUCGGUGAUUGUUUUCGCCGAUUGGUAUAAUGUGACGAUGAUGAAAAAAGUGAAGUUUUACGAUGAGAAUACGCGCCAAUGGUGGAUGCCCGAUACAGGUGGUACCAACAUUCCGGCAUUGAAUGAUUUGUUCGCGUCGUGGGGGAUCGAGUUUGGGGAUAGGGUUUUCGAGGGGAAUUUUAAAUUGAACGAUCACGAUAUGUAUUACGCCUCUGGCACCAGUAUUAGGAAGUUUCCCAGUGAUGGGAUUGUGGUUUCGGCGAAUUUGCACGAUCAGGGAUCUCAGAUGUUGGGCGAGACGAGUGAAGCGACCAAGAGAUACAAAGUCCCGAUUUUGGGAAUGUUGCAACCGAAGUCGACGGAAAAAAGCGGCAGGAUAAUAAUUUACGGCGACUCGAAUUGUAUAGAUGCUAGUCAUUUGGAGGCGGCGUGCUAUUGGAUGUUGGACGCUAUGUUGGAAUACACUUCGACGUCGCAUUUGCCGUCGGUUUUCAAAGAUAACCAACUGACCGACUGGGGGGAUGUUGCAUAUACUGAGGUUCCGGUCCGAAUGGACGGAAACCGCCUCUACCGCUACUCCAAAGUCUUGGAGGGAAAUUUGGGGGAAUCACACACUCGACCCCUGCCGCAGUGUCCGCACUUGGUGUUUUCACACCCGAUUCCGCUAAAUGUUUCAGCACCUUCGAACUUAUACCAGUCGCAGAAACUACUCUCCUUGAUGGAGGACGUUGCUUUGCCCACGCUAAAUAUCGAGAAUAUUAUUAAAGAUGCUUCAGGACAUGAAAACAGUGAAGAAGCCGAUUUGUGGAGUUGGCGGAAUAAGCAAAUUAACUCAGUUCAGUAUAAAACUGAGAAUUUCAAUGUCACACUAACUGUACUAGUGUUGUUAUCUGUUCUUGUUUUUUGUUACUGGCUGCGUUUGUAUCGACCCAAGCCCAAGAAGCGGAAGUUGUGCAAACGACUGAUAAAUUUCGUGCAGUGUCGGAGAUUAUCCACUGUUUAAAACGUUUCUUUUUUAGGAAAAUAGUACAAAUUGUUUAGAACACUUACUGCCAUUAGCAACAAAUUAGCGACUAAUUGUUUUCAUGUUUGAGAGACCAAGCUAACACCGAGUGCUUCAACGAACUCCUUUUUUGUAAAUUUUUUAUGUUACUGUAGAUAGCGUUUAAUUUAUGUACGAUUCGGCAUUUGUAUAUAACGUGAAUAAAAAGAUUCUAUUUUUACGAAA